AUCAAGCAUCUUGCAGAAACACAACAAGGAACAACCAAACACGGAGACGAUAAAAAGCUCUAUAGAUCAAAGAUGAAUGUGGCAACAAUCUCUCUACUUCUGGUGGUAAGCUUGUUUGAAAUUGAAGCAGCUCCAUUCACUCAACUCAAAUGUUUUCAGUUUCGCUACAAAUUGGGACAGCAGCAAUGUGAACCAAAAAGGGGCUUCAAAGGUGAUUUAGUACCAUGCUACAACUUAUGCGACAACAAAUUGGUUAAAUUUGAAGAUUGCAAUAAACAUCCUGCUAAUAAGCAUUGCUGCGUUCACGACUGCAGAUGCGUCAUAAAAGGAGCCGGAUUUGUUGAAAUUCCUCAAAACUACACACUUACUCUCGACGAUGAAAAGUUAUUGCAGUGGAUGAAGACCGAAGUAAAAGAAGGAUGUGAACCAGAAGAGAAAUAUCCCAUUUUCGGGAAGAUUAGAGAAUCUGAAACUACUGUUGCAAGCAAAACAAACGCCGAGACAACUGAACAAAAUGAAAAAAAGCCACCCGCGACCAAAUGUAUUGCAAAUGAUCACUUUGUAUCGCAAUUUGCAAAAAAAAUGAAUGCAAUAUUCGAGCAGAUGGGUAUGAAAUGGGAAAUGGGCGUCGAAGAUGGCUGUAAUUAGUAUAUAUUACUUAUACUCCAUCAGUAUAAAAUUCGAAUUUUCAUUUCAAUCCAAUGUUCGUGUCUGUCGAUAUCUUUCUAUUUGUAUAUAUCAGGGGUGCACAACCUUUUUGCUAUUGGCGGCCACAUUGCAUUUAUUUUUAUACAAUACGGCCGCCAGGAGGUUAAUAUCGCGCCGAAGGCGCGCGAAAUUUUUUGGCUUUAUGACGUCAUAACCGCGUGUUUGACCCGUGCGAGGUGCACUCUGCCCAAUUAUGAAGUAUGUAGGACUACUUGAAAGUAUAAUAUUCGCAUUUUAAAAGGAUUUUUUUUGUCGGUGGACCUAUUCUAGAGCAGAUAUAUUCAGCAAGUUGCAUAAUGGUUGCACAAUUU